AUGACAAGUGAAAUCCAACCAUUGCAUCAGAGAGCCUUGGGCAGCAAGACCCUUUUAAAGAAAAAAUUAUUUGAAAGUGUUGAAAAAUCUGGAAACAGCAAUGUGUUUGCAUCUCCAACAGACAACAUGUUAUCUCCUUGUACCGAGAAAUUGAAGAACCACAAAAAUAGAUUCUUUGCUAACCAAAAGGUCACAAAACUAAAUCUUAAAAGCUCUAUGUCCAAAGAGAAGGGCGGUUCAAAACUAAGUUCAGAGAUUGAGGGCAAAGAUGUGGAUGAGCUCUUGAAGGCUAGAAAACCAGCCAAGAGAGAAGAAGACGAAAUUGAUGAAGAUGAGAUGAUGAAGAACAUCAAUUUUGAUGAUAUAUAA